GACUGCGCAUGCGCUGUGUAAACGUAGAUUUGUUUACAAUCCGCCCUGGUACAGUAGAGUAUAGUAAAGUCGGUUAUUAGACUAAACCUUCCGCCAGUUUCUAGCCGUUAGAGACAGCAGCUAUACUAGCUCACGGUUAAGACGUUUUCCACCUAUAAGACGAGACAGCUACGAUUAAAAUAAGCUCCAGACUGUACACCCUGUAAACCCCAGACCCUCUCCUGGCCAUGGCAGUCCCUCUACAGCGCCCCCAUGUGGUUUGCUUACUCCUGUGCUGCUUGACCAGCUGCCUGUCCAUCCCAGACCCCAGGCAGAGAGAUGCCCUCAUUCACCUGGAGGCCUCCAUGCAGACAGGUGGGCAGGUGGUGCUGAGCGACGCCGAGCAGCGGCUGGACGCCCUUCUGUUUAAAAUGAAGCAGGAGGAGACAGCAAAAGAGGACUUUCCUCCUGCCAUGCACUUCUUCAAGGCCAGGGACCUCAUCAAGGGCAGUCCCAUCUUCAGUCUGCUGCAGAAGAUGCCUAAAGGUGGAGCGCUCCACCUUCAUGACUUAGCCAUAGUGGACGUAGAGUGGCUGGUGAAGAACGUGACGUAUCGGCCGUACUGCUACAUGUGCAUCACUGACAACCGUUCCAUCAGAUUCAUCUUCUCGUCUCAGCUGCCAAAACCUCUGCAGAGAUGUUCUCCCUGGAUCCAGCUGAAACACCUCAGAGCCAAGAUGGUCAACGUCACAGAGCUGGACAACAGCAUAAGGAACAACCUGACGCUCUACACCGACCAGGAACCAGAGGCGGUGUAUCCCAGUCAGGAUGUGGUCUGGGAAGCAUUUGAACAGAAGUUCCUGGCGCUGUGGGGUCUGGUCAUGUAUGCUCCUGUGUUCAGAGAAUAUUUCUACCAAGGCCUCAGCGAGUUCUACAUGGACAACGUCAUGUAUGUGGAGCUGCGGGUUCUACUUGCAGAGAUAUACGAGUUGGACGGCAGCACUCAUGACUCAGCCUUUACUCUGAGGACCUACCAGGACAUCAGCAGGGAGUUCAAAGCAAACCACCCAGACUUCUUUGGAGUGAGAGUCAUCUUUUCAAUCCACAGGGGAGUAAACGCGUCGGUGAUGACUGGAGCUGUUGAGGAGGCUAUGAAGCUGCAGAAGGACUUCCCAGAUAUCAUGGCUGGUUUUGACAUGGUGGGUCGGGAGGACAGUGGAAAGCCGCUGUGGGAUUUCAGAGAAGCCUUGUCGCUGCCUGCAGAGAGAGGAGUUCCGAUGCCGUUCUUUUUUCAUGCUGGAGAAACGAAUCUCCAGGGCACUGAGGUGGAUCAGAACUUGUUGGAUGCUCUUCUCUUUAACACGUCACGUAUAGGACAUGGGUUUGCUCUACCUCGCCACCCGCUGGCCAGAGACCUGUCCAGGAGGAGAGGGGUUGCUCUGGAAGUGUGUCCCAUCUCCAACCAGGUGAUGAAGUUGGUGAAAGAUUUGCGGAACCAUCCAGCAGCUGGACUGAUGUCAGAAGAUCACCCAGUGGUCAUCAGCUCUGAUGAUCCGGCCAUGUUCGGAGCCUCUGGCCUCUCUUACGACUUCUACGAAGCUUUUGUGGGUUUUGGAGGCAUCAGAUCCCAUUUAGGCUCCCUUAAACAGCUGGCCAUAAACUCCAUCAGGUACAGCUCUUUGACUCCACAGCAACAAGAGGAAGCUCUGGCUCAGUGGCAGACGAAGUGGAAUACGUUUGUCUCUGAAAAUGCCUUUUAGACAGAGACUAAAGCUUUCAAACUUAACAAUGCUGCAAUCGUAGAGCAGUCUUCACUUCUGAGAAAGGAAAGACUAGUCAGCUGGAUUCUAAAUUAAAAUGUGAAAAAUAAACACACAGUUGCUGAGACGGUUUGAGGUCAGCUCAAAUAUAGAAUAACAGGGUUAGUUGGAGGGAAUAUGGGAACUACACUCUCACAAUGGAGUUAAAAUAAACUGCAGAUACAACGGUCACUGCGAAAUAGUUAAAUGUGCCAACCGUUACCCAAACUGCACAUAUGAAAGGCAUCAAAGGCUUACUGUGUGUAGUUUUAUUCAGGAUCUUUAAGAAUUUGCACUUUAUGAUUCAGAUUUGUUCAUGCUGCCUAUAAAAGACACCAACAGUGCCCUGCUGUGGUUGAUGUAAUAAAUGCUUUUAACUUCUCUUUGUGCUUGUUAGUGUAACAGGCAGCUUGUUAAAAUGGCUCUUAAAUCCUGUGUGUUUUAACCCUCCUGUUGUCCUCAUUUACAGGCAAAAUAUUGUUUCCGUGUCUGAAAAAAAUAAAAUAAUAAUUCAGCAAAAAAAAAUUCUGAAAAUUUGCAACCUUCAGGAAGAAAAUUCCAAUAAUUCCUUAAAAGUUUCCCUUAAAAGUUUUAUUUUAAAAAAUCCCUCAAAUUUGGCAAGAAAAUUCUUGUAAAUAUUUUCAAAAAAUGAGUAAAAAUCUUCCCAAAAAAUCCUAAAAAUAUCUAAAGUGAUUCCAUAUAUAUCAGUAAAAUUUCUAAUAUUUUCUUUAAGAACAUUCCCAUAAAAAUCAACCAAAAUCCAGGGAAAUUCGCUGGAUUUUGGUUGAUUUUUUGUGAAUGUUCUUAAGAAACAUUUUUCACAUUUUUUUUUCCACCAAAAAAUGUUCAAAGAUUUCCCAGAAAUGUUGAAAAUGUGGACAUUAGAAGUUUCACUGUGAAAAUAUAUUUUUUUCCACAUUUUCAAACUUUAAAACGGGUCAAUUUGACCCGCAGGACGACACGAGGGUUAAACUGCUGUGAUUGAGGGAUUUUUACAGUUUUACAGGACGUUUACUUGGAUGUGACUUAGAUUUUUAGCUAUCAUGGGUGUUUAAUAAGACAACAGCACAAAAACAAAGGGUUAUUUUUUUGAAACAUCUAUUCUGUGUGCUCAUAGACAUAUUUAAAUGUGAACUAAACAUGACAAAGACAACUGUU